AUAUGUCGAUUCUGAUUCCAGUGGCUCUUGCAUUGCUGUUUGUUUAUUUAUUAUCUUUCUAUGAUACAAUACGUUUAAUGCGAAAGUUCUGGAUUUAUGGAGGAAAGAUGCCCGGCCCACCUGCCCAUCCAAUAUUCGGAAAUGCUUCACUGUUUAAGAAUAAGACAACCAAAGAUUUUGUAGAACUCUUCGUACAACUUGCACACGAGGCAAGAUCAAAAGGAGCAAACUUGAUGAGAACCCAAGUAAUGAAUAGGAUCUAUGUAUGGCCGUUGAACGGAAAAACUGCAGCGACAAUUCUAGAAUCAUCAACAGAAGUGAACAAAGGUGAUGACUAUGCAUUCCUGGUACCAUGGCUCGGUGGUGGAUUAUUGAUGGAAAAAGGCGAAAAAUGGAAAAGUCAUCGAAGAAUCUUAACUCCAGCUUUCCAUUUUGCAAAGCUAGAGGGAUAUUUAGAUGUUUUCAAUAGUGAAUCAAAGAUUCUUAUUGACUGUCUGGAGAAAAUAGCAGAAACUCAAGAGACUGUGGAUUUAUUCCCAUUUUUUAAAAGAUGUACAUUGGAUAUUAUCUGUGGAACUGCAAUGGGAAUCAAAUUAGAUGCACAAAAUGUUCAUAAUCUCGGAUAUGUGCAAGCUGUGGAGGGUUUCAAUAAACUCACAGUGGAAUAUUCGUUGAAUCCAUUUUUAUGGAAUCGAUUUGUUUAUUGGGCUCUUGGCUAUCAAAAAAUGCACGACGAUUUUCUGUACACUCUGAAAAAGUUCACAAAUGAUGCAAUAGUUGAAAGAAGAACUGUAAUUGCUUCAGGAGAAAUUGAAAAAGAAACAUCAAAACGAAAAAUGAAUUUUCUUGACAUUUUAUUGAACAGUGAAGAAUCAAAUGAACUGACAUCUGAUGAAAUAAGAAAAGAAGUGGAUACAUUUAUGUUUGCUGGGCAUGAUACAACUUCAACAUCUCUUUCAUGGCUUUGUUGGAAUAUUGCACAUAAUCCAGAAGUUCAAGAAAAUGUUUACAAAGAGAUUAUUAGCAUUUUUGGAGAAGAUCCAAAUCAAGAUGUAACUUCUGAAAAUAUCAACCGAUUGGAGUAUACGGAACGAGUUUUGAAAGAAUCAAAAAGAAUGUUUCCACCAGUUCCAGGAUUUCAAAGAAAAUUAACAAAGGACAUAGUUAUUGAUGGAAUAACAAUACCCUCAGAGGGUAACAUCACUAUCUCCCCAACAGUUCUUCACUGCAAUCCGUUUGUAUACCAAAAUCCUGAAAAAUUUGAUCCAGAUCGGUUUCUUCCUGAAGAGUGCGCAAAACGACAUUCCUACGAUUAUAUACCAUUCUCCGCUGGACUUCGAAACUGUAUUGGACAAAAAUUUUCGAUUCUUAAUGAGAAAGUCAUGUUGAUACAUAUUCUAAGAAACUUUAAACUUGAACCAAAACUCGAGUUUUAUGAGACGAAACCUUUAUUUGAGGUAGUUGCAAAACCAUCACAUGGUAUUCCGGUUAAAUUGAUAAAAAGAUACUGAAGAUCAAAAAAUGGAGAAAACGAUGGCUAAGAUGGACGGGUUGUGUUGUGGUCAUCUAACUUGCAAACAUUUUGUAUUCAAACUUGUAGAUAUUUUAAUUUUAUUUAUAAGUAUAUGAAUGAUUGUUGAUUCAUGAUUAGAAUGUGUUUCCAUCAUAAAUAAUAACUAUUU